AACGUUGAAAAUAAACGAUAUUAAAUGGGUCAGAAACAAAAUGCAUAAAUUGAAAAGCUCUCAAAGGGACAAAGUCCGGCAGUUUAUUGCCUUCACACAGACAACUGAAAAAGCUGGAAUUCAGUGUUUGAGCUGUCAUGACUGGAAACUGGAUGUCGCAGUUGACAACUAUUUCCAAAAUCCUGACCGAUAUAAUGAAACUGUAAGACCAACAGCUGAUAGAAAACGCCUGGAGGCUCUAUGGCAGAGAUAUAAAGAUCCACAUGAGGAAAACAAGAUGACAGUUGACGGUGUUAUGAAAUUCCUUGAGGACUUAAACCUGAGCCCAGAGUCACGCUUAGUGUUGCUGAUAGCAUGGAGAUUUAAGGCCGCAACACAGUGCGAGUUUUCAAAAGAGGAGUUUAUAAAUGGCAUGGUAGAAUUAGGAUGUGAUACAGCAGAAAAGUUGAAGCAGAAAUGUCCAGCCUUGGAACAAGAUAUCAGAGACCCAUCACGAUUUAAAGAUUUCUACCAGUUCACUUUCAACUAUGCCAAAAACCCAGGACAAAAAGGACUUGACCUGGAUAUGGCAAUAGCAUACUGGAAUAUUGUUCUAUCAGGGAGAUUCAAAUUUUUACCAUUGUGGAGUCAAUUUUUACAGGAGCAUCAUAAGAGGUCAAUACCUAAAGACACAUGGAACCUCCUCCUAGACUUCUGUAACAUGAUCAAUGAAGAUAUGAGCAAUUAUGAUGAAGAAGGAGCGUGGCCGGUGUUGAUUGAUGAGUUUGUGGAGUACGCGAGACCUCAGGUUCAGGCCAAGUCUACGACAGUAUAACGCUGGACCGCCUUGUAUAUAGUGUACCAUACAUUAGCCCAGGUGUGACUGCGUGACUGCCUCUUGAUAACCCCCUCUCCCCCGGAGUAAACGACCGCUGCCAUUCCUGCCAUGUGAUGUCACUGCCUUCAUGAAAGACUGGCUGUUAAGAUACACACAUGUCUCAUGAUAGUGUAGAUAGAUUAUCUCUAGAGGGCUUAAUGUUUGCAACCUUUAGCUGGUCUGUUUUUUCGAGGAUAAAAGUUGGAAAUAUUAUCAUAGCCUUGGUGUCGUUGUCUUUGGCAUCGUAAUUCAAGAUAUUCAAAUUAAAUUUGGUACACAUGUUACAAGAUACUCUGGUUUAAAUUAUAGUAGAGUAAUGCUCCUUGCUCCAUCAAAAAUACAUACAAGCAUUGACGUUCGCUUAACAAUUGAUCAGUACAUCUAUCAAGUGGCUAAUUAAAAACCUGGCAAAAUAUCAAUUUACUGAUGUUUGCUGAUGAUCAAAUAAUGGUGUUACAAAUUUUGAACCUUAUGAACUUGGCCAACACCAGAAGCGAUGGGACCUUAUAUAAUUAUAACAGGGCUUCCGUUAAAGGAAGUUUGGAAGUAUAUUACUCCCUAGAAAUAGGUUUAAACUUCCAAACUUAAUUCCUUGGAAGUACAAAAACUUCCAUAAUUUUGAAGAAAACUUCCAAAGUCAAAAGCUUGGAAGUUCAAAAUAUCAAAACCUGGUGUCAAUAUUACUUUUAUGCUCACAAUUUCAAUCAGUCUUGAAGUAAAAUGAAUUAUUUGAUUUUUAACAUCUGUCAUCCUAUUUUAAAAAUACUGGAAAAAGUGUAUUCGGGGAGACUUAAACUUCCACAUUUCAGUGAAAAACUUCCAAUAUUGAUGGACAGGAAGUUCAUACUUCCAGUUUCAAAUUCUUAAUGGAAGCCCCGUUAUAAGAUGCAGUUUUUCUCUGGAAAUCUUCUGAAUGCUACAAACUAUACACAUUUGAAACAAUGCAUUUUUGUUUGAAACCAAGCCAAUACUGGAAGGAUACAUUACCACUGUCCAAUUUGUAUGUAUAUGUAUAAAGUUUAUUAUAUAUAAACUUCACACAAACAUGAAAAUGAAAUUAAAAACCUUUGAUUUAUAUCUUAACAUUUCAGCAUUAUGCCUUCAUCUGUAGAUAAAUAAACAGUCUUAGAUAGGUAGAAACAUCAACGUUAUAAAUUGUUCAAUGACGGCAAGUCGUUUAGCAGCAAAACCAAUGAUGUUGGUUUUUAUUUUUUAUAAGAUUUAAAGAUAGCUUUACACAAAGAGGAUAAUUAUUUUCUUUUGAAAUACAUGCAGCUGAAACUUCUUGCAAAGUUGUUCUAUAUAUCUAUUUUUGUGCAUUUAGGGCUACUUUGAGAUUUAAUUGAUUAUGUUUUGAUUAAAUACAUGUAAAAGCUCAAAACUUAUCUGAUAUUUUUUUAUCUUAAGUUGAACCAACAUUAAAUAGUAUGAUGAGGAUUUAUUUGUUUGAUUUUUAGUGCUUAUUUUGAUGAUUUUUAGUGCUUAUUUUGAUCAGAUUCUUCUGUUAGUUGUUUAUCGCUGGUAAAAUUGAAAAUUAUAUUAUAUUUUUUCUUUGAUAGAAUCAGUUUAUGUAAUUGUGUUGUAACCUUACUUGACAAAACUUCUUUCAAUAAAAAUUGAUCUAUAAGUCCUGCCAUCAUAACAUAAAAUCUGACUUCAGUUGAUAAAAUGAUAUAUUAAGUGAUUAUGGGAAGGCGUUUUUUUCAAGAAAGAAAAGGUUCAUGUAUCCAGUAGUCUUUUUCCCCAUAUCAGUUUAAAAUAACAACAUUUAUUGGGAUUAUGUUUCAUCACGUCUUUGUUAACAAUUAAAACCCAGUCAUGUUUUUACACUUGAUGGUCUCAACAUUUAAUUCAGGAAUGGAACUAACCACAUAAAAUACUUAGAUGGCAGCAAAGGUUGUAUAGUAAAUAUGAUGUAAGCAUAUAUUAUUCCUAAAAUCACGAUAAAGAUCUUUUGACUUCAGACUAUUGUGGAGUUGUAAAGAUUUUUGCUCCAACUUUUGCAUCAAAAACAGUAGAAUUCUGUCUUUUUUUAAACUUCGAAAUGAAUAUAAAUGACUGAAUUCCAAAAGGGUUCAAAGCCCCUUAACCCUGCUAUAGGCAUGAAUCCCUCAUACUGAAAUUCAGGACUCACUGCAACCCUGUUUAAAAGAAUAACAUAUUUGAUAUUGAUGCCAAAACAGACAACUUCAAAAGUGAACUGGAAGACCUAUUUCUGCUAGUCUUAGUUCAUGCCUGGCGUGUUUUAUAUAUUACCAAUUGAUGAUUCCAAGUAAAUAGUUUUGUUUUCAAUAAGAAGGUGCAGUGACAUGGGAGUUUUAUUUUUGAAAGUGCAUAUAUUAGCUUGUGGCUGCAAUGUGAAUGGUGGUAGUAACUUGAUAUACAUGUAUGUUGUGCUCCAAUGAAAUAUAUUAUUUGAAAUUAUAUUUGUCAGCCUGGAAUUUUAAAAUUUGUUAAGCUGCAUUUUUUUCAUAAAAUGUAAUAAACUGUGUUAAAAAUU